AUGAAAGUCCUGUCAGAGUCAAGUCCUCCCGUGGAUGGAUGCAGGUCACCACAGUCAGGUUAUGAACCAGCAACACCAGGUCGUGCGUUCUCCCACGCCACCUCGCUCCGUCUCGCAGCGCCAAUCGAGGCUCCAGACAGGCUCUCGUCACACGCUUUCUCACUGGUACCGCAAACGGCCAACCUACCUUCUGCGGACGAGGAGCAGCUUGUUGCCCUGCAAUCAACAGCGCCCAGCACUCCUUCUGUGUCGCUUUCAAAUAUUGGUAGGAAACGCUCCCUUGUGUCACCAUUGGCUAGAUCGGGAGCUACUCCUGGUUAUGUUUCCCAGAUGCAAAGAAUAUUUCAGGACGCAAAAGCCUCACUCCAACUCGACGCGGCCAUUGCAAGCUCACCCACUGGAUCGAUUGCUUCAAGGCUGCCCGGCAUACCAGCCAAGAUGGUCGGCCGUCACCAUUGCAACACUGUUGGCUUCAAUGCGACGAAUUGGAGAUAUUCCACUGUGCCUCAGGGCUUGGCAGACGCAGACUUGGAUGUCAGAGAACCUUUCCCUGUGGAGUCUCCUGGGCUCCCGGAUCAUGAUCUUGUCAAAAAGCACACACGGGCCGUGGCUCAAGAGCCAAUCAGCAGUGGCUUCACCUCCCCGGUUGCAGCUGAAAUGAAUGAUGCUGUAAUGGAAACCACAGCUUCUCUGCCUCUUCUACCUAUAUUUAGCUCAACCAAAAGCGACCAACCCACGGCAAGCCCAUUGGCAAGUUCUGGCUACCGCCAGGACCCGGCACUUGUUAUGACGUCCACAGAACUCGAGCAACCAAUGACGAAUAUGCAUAUAAGUCACGUCGACGCUUGGCUGAAUGGCGUUCUCCAGGAUUCGCCCAACGAGCAGCGAGAGAAGAGGAUUCGCUCGACAGACGAUAAAUUGCGUGUCUCACCUGCUCACGAUGUGGUUGAUAUAGAUAUGGAUAACUCCAAACUUCCACAAGAAAUCAUCUUAUCAACGCCUGCAAAGGCCGCCGCGGAGUCUGCUAAGCUCAAGCGAGAUCUGCUGGGAAUCGGAGUGAGAACAUCUGGCGACAAAGAGAGCGUCAGACCAGAACCUCGCAGUGCCAGUAGUGCUCUUCGCUGCACAACUCCAACCGCGAACCUCUUGAGCGUACCUACUGUACAAAUUACUCCAUCGCCAGAUUUUCCUCAUGGUUCUCCACCACCUAGUCCAGUCCAGCCGGUACAGCUUACUCCUGCUCUGCCUUUUCGACGAGUUGAUUCGACUGGCAGUCCUUUCCCAAUCCUGAAAGAGAAAUCACCUAACCCGGCAGUGCGAGGCUAUUACUCACCACCACCGCAUCAACAGUUUGCUUCUCCCCCACAGGGGCCCCAAACUUCGCCUCCGCCCCAUCAGCAAUACUCUACACUUUAUUCUCCUCCUCAAGAACAUCACACAGGCCCAUGCGCCUCUCAGCACUAUCCUUCUAUCGAACAAUCUACAUUUCAUAACAAACCUCCUCCUCCUCCUCCAGCUGCUCCAUGGUCCCAACAAUUGAUAUACCUCCAUGGGCCACCACUCCACCGUACACCUUCAGAGGUGGCUUAUUCUCCUACUGCAGAUCGGCCAUAUUAUUCGUUCUCAACUGCGGCCGCAGCCCACUCAGGCUCUUCCGCUGCACCUGACUCGAGAAUCAGGGAUGCAUACCGCACAGACACCCUGACGCCAUUCGAAGUGCCUACAACGCGAUUCCGUAAGAUCGGCCUUGGCGCCACUGCCCAAAUGAAAGGUGCUACUCAUCGCACUGCCUUUGCUGUGCCAGCCGCAAGAACAGCUAGACCAGCCCCAUCAAGAGCACCAACAGCUAGCGGGAAGCGACCUCCUGCCGCCAAUGACCCCAGGAUGGGGCUUUCCAGAGCCAAUACCGCGGGUGCAAGGAAAUACUAUGCGCAUACCCAGCGGCGUCCAAUAGGAGGACCGGUGCCAGAGGAAGUGACAUUUAGGAGUAGUCCUCCGAGACCGGCAGGUCAGUUUCAUGCGGCCCCGAGGCGGAAGAAAAUGAGGAGGAGCCUAAGCGGGGUGGAUGGGUUGUCGCUUACCAGGCAAGAGAAAAAGGGUUGUCAUAGUGAGAACAGGGAAGGGGCUGAGCUUGAAAGGGGUAUACAUAUGGAACUGCGGGUCGAUGAGGAGGGGAGGUUUGUUGGGGGAAGUCCAGCACAGGAUGGCGUAACGACCAUUCUUAGGGGUCGGGCUCAAGGAGACGUGGACAAUGAAAAAUCUUCGGUCAAUGCGGUUUGCGAGAACCAGAGGAUGCUUGUGAGGAAAUCAGCGUCGACCGUGAAACACCAUCUCGAGACAUCGCCAACACCAUACCAGAAGCUACCCGCUGAUCAACGAGGCGAAGAAGAAGAAGAAGUUAGGGAGCUGAGCCCCUAUGUCAGUCCUUACCGGAAGGGAAAGGGUCCCAAACUCCGCGAUGAGGAGAGGAGGCCGAGUUAUUGGGAUAGCGAUAUUUUGCCCACUGGCGUCGUCAUCACUGGUCAGCGCGGACGGAGGGAAGGUAGGAGGUUUGGGGACCAGGCUGAGCGUAGAUGGAAGGCGAACAUUGAGGAGAUGCCGGGGGGCGAGGAGAAAGAGAACUGGGACCCGGAACCGGGACUAGAUGGAGAGAAGAUGGAUGGUGAUGGUCAUGAUGGUCAUGGGGUGGAAAGAAUGGAGAUUGGGGAGUGA